AUGCCUUCCCUACCUCCAUCGUGCCUUCCCUACCUCAAUCCUGCCUUCCCUAUCUCCACCCUGCCUUCUCCACCUCCAUCCUGCCUUCCUACCUCCAUCAUGCCUUCCCUACUCCAUCCCUGCCACCUCCCUUCCUCCUCCUCCUCCUGCCUUCCCUACCUCCACCCUGCCAUCCCACCUCCAUCCUGCCUUCCCUACCUCCAUCCUGCCUUCCUACCUCCAUCGUGCCUUCCUAUCUCCACCCUGCCUUCUUCACCUCCAUCCUGCCUUCCCUACCUCCUCGCCUUCCUCCAUCCCUUCCCUAUCUCCACCCUGCCUUCUCCACCUCUGCCUCCUGCCUUCCCUAUCUCCACCCUGCCUUCACCUCCAUCCUGCCUCCACCUCCAUCCUCCCUCCUCCAUCCUCCAUCCUGCCUUCCCUAUCUCCACCCUCCCUCCACCCUCCACCUCCAUCGUGCCUGCCUUCCCUAUCUCCAUCCUGCCUUCCCUACCUGCCUUCCUUCCCUACCUCCAUUCUGCCUUCCCUAUCUCCAUCCUCCUGCCUUCCCUACCUCCAUCCUGCCUUCCCUACCUCCAUCGUGCCUUCCCUACCUCCAUCCUGCCUUCUCCCUACCUCCAUCCUGCCUUCCCUAUCCCACACCUCCUGCCUUCCCUCCACCUCCAUCCUGCCUUCCCUAUCUCCACCCUGCCUUCUCCACCUCCAUCGUGCCUUAACUACCACCAUCCUGCUUUCCACACCUCCACCCUGCCUUCCCCACCUCCAUCCUGCCUUCCCUCCCUCUAUCCUGCCUUCCCCUCGCCCUUUGCUCUCGACCUCCACAUGCCUAAUUCAAAUAUUCAGGGGAUUGCUUCACCUAAAGAGAAGCUACCAGAUGAUCGCGGAUAUGUAGUGCAGAGUAUUAACUUCUAUGGUUCUCCUAAGCGUACACAGAUCCUUGUAUAG